AUGGGAGUGCUUUUUGCCCUCUUGAGCCUCGCCCUAUGGGCUCAUGCUGGCCUUGCUGCCAUCACUGCGACAGAGUCAUCAAGCACUAUCAACAUUUCCAAUGACAGGCUCUCGAUCGUGGUCUCAAAGAGUGCUGGCACCGUCAGCGGUAUCACGCUCGAUGGCCAGGACCUGCUUGGUUCUGGUGGCAGGCUCUACCUCGACUGCCACUGCGAUGGCGGGUUCUGGAGCUCAGGAACAGGAACUCUUUACAAGGGGACCGACAGCACCGGGACGGCCUGGGCGGGCGUGAAGCUGGGUAGCAACUUCAGCGACAAGCACAUCUUUGAGACAUACUUCUUCCUCCGAGAUGGUGAGACCGGCCUUCACUCUUUCGGCCGUGCUGCCUACCCCAACGGUGGUGCUCUGGGCGAGAUGCGCUUUCUCUUCCGCCCGACCUCGACCAUCUGGAAUCAACUCUCAUCAAGCAACGAAAUGUGGUCCGUUGUCCCAACCGGCACCCGCGAAACCGUGCAAGACACCACAUAUUAUGUACCUGGUAGCGGCGUGAACGAAGUGUAUCGCAAGCAAAUGUCCGACUAUUUCUCCAAGUACAUGUUUUCCGAGUCCUGGGAGAACCACACCCACCACGGUCUCUUUUCUGACGGGACGGGAACACGGGACGGAAUCUCGAACCACCACGGAAACGGGAAUCCUGAUCUUACGGGAGGCUUUGAUCGCACUUUUGGUCCGUCCUACUACUACUUCAACAAAGCCGCCAAGGGCACUUCAAUCCAGAGUCUGCGUGCCGAUGCCGGAAAAUUCGCUGACCCCUCCUGGAACGCACCAUUUUAUGAUUCCAUUGCCCGAUUCGUCCCAGGUUACGUCCCGACCUCUGGCCGUGGCACUUGGACCGGUCAAAUAACGCUCCCAGCAGGAAUCUCCAACGCUGUCGCCGUCCUUGCUAGCAAUGGCAUUGACUUCCAAGAUAACAAUUUUGACACAAAGUCAUAUCAGUACUGGGGUUAUGUCGGGGCCAAUGGCGCUAUUACGUUGCCUCGCGUCAAGGCUGGAACGUAUCGCUUGACCGUCUACGGCAGUGGUAUUUUCGGUCAGUACACACAGGAUGGCGUAGUUGUGAAAGCGGGUGCUACCACAAAGACAGCUGCGACUUGGGUCCCUGAGUCGGCUGGCACGGAGCUCUGGCGUAUCGGCACUCCUGACCGCAGCUGUGGUGAGUUCCGUCAUGGCAAGGCAAGAGACACCACACGCACCAACGCACCAAAUCAAUACCGCCUCUACUGGGCCGUCCACGAUUUCCCAAACGACUUCCCCAACGGUGUCAACUUCCACGUGGGCACGAGCGACAUUGCCACUGACUUCAACUACAUCCACUGGAGUGUAUUUGGUGGCAAGGCCAAUACCAUCCGUCCAGAUCCUUACUAUACAAAUGUCAACAACUGGACCGUCACCUUUGACGCCACUGCCGAGGCGCUCGCAGGCAAGACCAAGGCUACCUUCACCAUCCAGCUUGCCGGUGUCAAGACGUCCGCGGGUAACACCGACAGCGCUGACAAGCCGUUUGGUAACCUGCCAUACACGGUGGUCUUCAACGGCAAAGCUCUUCCUGUUUGGACCAUCUCAUCCAAGCAGAGCAGCUCAUGCGGUGCCCGCUCGGGUGAUUCGUGCUACGUAACUGGCAACAAGUGGACUUUUGAUGCCAGCACCUUGAAGGCGGGCCUGAAUACUAUUGUGCUUUCUCUCCCUGCAAAAGCCACUGCUCCUGAAGAUGCAGUCUUACCCGAGAGCACCUAUCUGCAAUAUGACGCGUUGAGGUUGGAGCUUGCAUAG